UUGCGCGUCGCGUACGUGGGCGCUGCAUCGCCCCCGGGGGCGGUGGGAGUAGGAAGGAAGGAAGUGAGAGUGCGCGCCCGUCCAACAAGUGGCUCUCCCGCCACGCACGAGCACUCUGCCGCAGCGUGUGCACGCACCCGCACGCGCCUUGGACUUUUUUGGGUUUGUUUUUUUUCUCAAUUAUUUUCAAUGAAUGCUAGUGAGCGAGGCGAGGUUUUGCCUCCGUCCUCCUCCAUGGACUCGUUGCCGUUGCCGAUGCCGCUGCUGCUGCCCUCCCCCGGUGGCCGUCGAGGCAAGUCGGGAUCCCGUCGCUAGAUUUCCACCCCUCUUGCCCCCCUGGGCUCGCCGGGAAGAGGGUCGCAGCCAUGCCGAUGCACCCGAUCACCUCCACGCUCAUGUACCGGGGGGUGUGCACCAUCCCGGACAUCCUCUCCUACAGCGCCCCAGUCAACCUGCCAGAGGACGAGGUGGAAGAGAUCCGCGAGGCGUUCAAAGUGUUCGACCGUGACGGGAACGGCUUCAUCUCCAAACAGGAGCUGGGCAUGGCCAUGCGAUCCCUGGGGUACAUGCCCAACGAGGUCGAGCUCGAGGUCAUCAUACAGAGGCUCGACAUGGACGGCGACGGGCAGGUGGACUUCGAGGAAUUCGUCACUCUGCUCGGUCCAAAGCUGACAGCGGCCGCCAUGCCGGACAAAUUCAACGGAACCGACUUUGACUCGGUUUUCUGGAAGUGUGACAUGCAGAAGCUGACGGUGGAGGAGCUGAAACGUCUGCUGUACGACACCUUCUGCGACCACCUCUCCAUGAAGGACAUCGAGAACAUCAUCAUGACCGAGGAAAACCACAUCGAGAACCCCGACGACUGCCAGGUGGAUAUCGACAGUUCCAGCCCGACGCAGCAGGUCAAGCAGACGUGCGUUCGCAAGAGCCUGAUCUGCGCCUUCGCCAUCGCCUUCAUCAUCAGUGUCAUGCUGAUCGCCGCCAAUCAGGUGCUGCGUAGUGGCAUGAAGUAACGGACAACAAAAGUAACAACAGCACAGACAUUUUUCCAAGGAGCUGGUGUACAAAGACCCAUGAACCACAUAUCACUCCAACUCGUUGUCGUCGUGCGAGUCGUGACUUGUGCGUGUGUGUGAGUGUGUGUGUGUGUGUGUGUGCACGCACGUGUGUGUUUGUGCAGAAUACAGUGAACCCCCGUUUAUCGUGGGGAUACAUUCCCUACACACCCGCGAUAGAUGAAAAUCUGCGGUGUAGAGAAACCACGUAAAACCUUAGUUUAUUGCUAACGUAUAAUGCGAAGUGCCAUAGACAGACUGACAGAAUUAGUAUCGAUGUCAUGUAAUUAAAAACCUUCGAAUAACUGCUAUUUUCCCCAAACGGAGCAGCAAUAGAUACUCUUCUCUGUGGGAGCAACCAAUAUUAAUAUUAUCCACUUCUUCUCGCUGUUAAUUACGCUGCGUCUCUUCUCAGUGGCAUGUGUGUGGCACAACGUGGUACUACACUCAAGGUGCGCAACUCUAAAUUUGGACUUGCCUGUACACGGUCAAACCGCAUAAAAAAUAUGAAAAAUCCGCAAUGUAGUUGGGGUUCACUGUACUGCGGAGCCCACGAGGAUGCAGGGGACGCUUUUGGUGGACAAACAAGAGCAACAAACUAGGACAACCUCAUCUAUGCAUGACAUGCAUGGACUUCAGCGAGCGUCUUUUUGUAUAUCCGCGUUUCCAUCAUGAUCACACCGACUGUGUAUUAAUACUAAACUGUGAGCCAGUGUGUGCGUGUGUUUGUGUGUGUGUGUGUUUGAAGAGGAAUGGCUCCUUUAUUUUGGGAAAGUCACAAAUUGGGGAAGGUCACCGAAAUGUCCGAAGCGUGUGUGUGGUAUGUGUGUGUGUGUGUGUGUGUGUGUGCAUACGUGCAUGUGUGUGUGCGUCUGCGUUUGACAGAAUGCGUUGUCAUGAAGCAAUAAACAAAGAUGGCGUCCACUCAUCUCAAAAAGGACUUAUUUUUCAAUAAAAAUAAUCAAAAUUAACAUUUUGGCAAUGCAAUAGGGUUGAGAAGCCCCAAAAUGUGGCAAUAAAUGAUUCAAAUUGGCUAACACGAGCUAACAUGGGCUAACACGCGAACAUGCGCUACUUUAUGCUAACACAUGCUCACAUGUACUAUCGUGCACUAACAUAUGCUUCCGAGAUGACAUGCUAAUACCAGAGGUGGGGGACUCCAGUCAUGUGACUUGGACUUGAGUCACUGAUUUUAUGACGUGCGACUUGCUUGGUUACAACGUAUGAAAAACUUGACUUAGUCUUGGCUUUCCUGAGACUCCACUUGACUUGGACUUGAACUACAUGAUUUGACAAGUCAUACUGUCAAUAUAGUGUGGCCUUUGUUUUUGAACGAACAGUUUUUUUUUGUAUUAUUUGUGUCGUGCGUGCCACUAAUCUGGCAACCUGGCUGGUAGGUAGAGGCUAUGCCCCCCCAUUGGCCCGGCCACAAACAAGGGCUGAGGCAGCCUCAUUGAGCAAGGAGCACAGAGGAAACUCCGAGAUUACAUUUGGAUUCACGGAUUAUCUUUUGGAUAGAAAUGGGGGGAAAACAAGAGCAACAUGGAAGGUUUGCAGCUCAAGGAUAAAUGACACAACUUGGACAAGGUCUACCUUCAUCUGCCUGACGCAGGUAAGCUAGCUAGGUUAGCUUCACAGUACCUCUCUAAUAGCCAGGGGCUUCACUAGGUUUUAUGACUGGGGGGGGGCUUAGCCACCAGGAGAUGCACAGGAUGUGAGUGUGGCGCGCUAGCACUAAGAGAGGAUUUUGCACGCCCUUGUCUUAGUUCUGGCAGCGUGCAAGUCCUCAAGGGUGGGUAGGGGGGUACCGUCAAUCCUUUCAGCAGUUUUGAUUGUCCGUUCCAGUCGGAGUUUGUCCUUUUUUGUAGCAGCACCAAACCAGACUGUGAUGGAAGAACACAGGACUGA